AAGGACGUCUACUAGUCCAGUUGCAUCAUUUUGCAGAUGGUAGUGACCAUGGAUAUGGGACAGUGUCUUAUUUGAGGGUACAAGAUGAAGGAGGAAAUGUGCAUUUGGCAUUCAUGCUUGGAAAGGCUAGAGUAGCUCCAUUAAAGCAGACAACAAUUCCCCGCCUUGAACUAACUGCCGCUGUUUUGGCCGUCAAGGUGGACAGAAUGUUGAAAAGGGAGCUCUGUAUCCAGCUGAAUAGCUCAUGCUUCUGGACAGACAGUCAGACUGUGUUGAGAUACAUCAGUAAUGAUACCAAACGAUUUCACACCUUCGUUGCAAAUAGAGUGGCUGCAAUAAGAGAGGCUACCAAUGUGUUUCAGUGGAGGUACAUCAGCUCUAAGUCCAAUCCAGCAGAUGAGGCCUCCAGAGGUCUUUCUGCAGACAGCUUUAUGUCAUGCAAGAGGUGGAUAAAUGGCCCGGAUUUCCUCCGAAGGCCCGAGCAGGAGUGGCCAGAGCCCUUUGAACCCCAGCCUGUUUGUUCUGAGGACCCAGAGGUGAAAAGGGAUAUUCUGAUAAAUGCCAUUGACAUACAGCCACAUGAUGCUACUACUAAGUUUGUCCAUUAUUUUUCAAGCUGGGCCAAACUUAAGAUUUCAGUUGCUUGGUUGCUCAAAUUAAAGGAUAUUCUGCUCAGCAUGAGUACGAAGAGGAAAGAGUUGAUGGCAAUGGGUCCCUCUGUUGACGCUUCUAUAGCUCCUAGGAGGAUAGAAGAGGAGAUGAGAAAAAACAGAGCUGCCAUUUGUAAACAAGUUCUUACAGUAAAGGACAUCUCUAAGGCAGAGGUUGCCAUCGUCUGUUACAGCCAGCAUGCCAGCUUCAAAGAGGAAAUUAAAGAUCUGCAACGUGGAGCAUCUGUUGUCAAGAACACAAGUGACAUUUACAGGCUCGAUCCAGUACUACAUCAAGGUUUAUUGAGAGUGGGGGGUAGGCUUAGUCGCUCAGUCCUACCUGAGGAACAAAAACAUCCUUUGAUCCUCUCUAAAGACCAGCAUGUAUCCAAACUAAUUCUGAGAGACCUGCACCAGCAGCUUGGUCAUGCAGGUAGAAAUCAUAUGCUGUCAGCUCUCAGAGAAAGAUACUGGAUUACUUGCGCCAACUCAGCUUGCAGAAAGAUAUUAUCCGAAUGUGUUGUAUGUAGACGCCACAGAGGACAACCAGCAGAGCAGAAAAUGGCUGAUAUGCCACAGGAACGAGUCUGCCCAGAAUUCCCACCAUUUACUAAUGUAGGUGUGGACUAUUUUGGGCCCAUUGAGGUCAAGAGAGGGCGCGUUAUGGUUAAAAGAUACGGUGUUAUCUUUACAUGCAUGGCCAGCCGAGCCAUACAUCUGGAGGUGGCUCAUUCGCUAACAACUGACUCCUGCAUCAAUGCCAUCAGGCGUUUUGUAUGUCGCAGAGGUCCAGUACGUCAAAUGAGAUCGGAUAAUGGCACAAAUUUUAUUGGUGCAGAGCGUGAAUUAAGGGAGGCUUUGGCAGCUAUAGAUCAUACAAAAAUCCACCAAGCCCUGUUGUUAAAAGAGAUUGACUGGAUUUUUAACACACCUGCUGCAUCCCAUCAUGGAGGAGUGUGGGAACGGCUCAUCAGAAUGGUCAAAAGGGUGUUACUUUCUGUUCUUCACCAGCAGACCUUGGAUGACGAAAGUUUUCAAACCAUUUUAUGUGAAGUGGAAGCUAUCCUUAAUGAUCGCCCCAUUACAAAGGUUUCGGAUGAUGUAAAUGAUUUGGAAGCUCUAACUCCAAAUCAUAUUCUGCUGCUCAAAGGAAACCCUACUGUUGCUCCUGGUGCUUUUCAAGAAAGUGAUGUUUACCUCAGGAAACGUUGGAGGCAAGUGCAGUACCUCUCCGACCUGUUCUGGAAAAGAUGGACAAAGGAAUACUUACCUUUGCUGCAGGAAAGACAGAAAUGGUCCAGACCUCGGAGAAGUUUUGCUGUUGACGAUAUCGUGGUGGUUGUGGAUCGUUCUGCUCCUCGUGGUUCUUGGAUCCUCGGAAGGGUUACAAAUACUUACCCAGAUAAACAUGUACUUGUGCGUGCUGUACAGUUGAAGACACAAACAGGACAACUGGAAAGACCCAUCUCCAAAAUAUUUCUUCUUCAAGAAGCCAAUUGA